CUGCACCUGUCAACUAGCCAGUGAUAGCUAGUUAGGUUGUCAGUGGUCAGACUGUUGAUGACCACUUAGUUAGUUUUAAAUGAAUCUCUGUAUGGUGUGGUUGUCAGUAAUAUCCAGGAUCAAUUUUAUUUCAAGUAAUUCACUGUUGUACGAAAAGGGAAGACUAUUAUUGCAUAUGUAUUUAUUUUUUGGGGGUAGAGGAAAGCGUUAUACAGUACUCCUGUUUGGCUGCAUAAAUUCACAUUGUAAGCGUACUACUGAGCUCAUCAUGUCUCAUCUGAGUGGAAUUGACGUGGGAAAGUCGUGAUUUGCUGUUGGGUGAACUUCAAAGGGACCGGAGAAGAAACUGCCACUGAGGAGCCCAAGGGGCUGCUACCAGCACAGGUACACCCAGUGAGAAGAGGCAGAGACCAUGGACCUGAGUGAGAGGAGGCCCAACAAGUGGUGGACAGAGUCGGACACCUUCGCCAUGCUGGCCCUCAUCGAGCAGCUGGACCUGGUGCAUGAGCUGGAUAAGAAGCGCCAGCGCAACGACUCGCACUUCCGCCGCCUGCGCUACAGCCUGGCCAAGCGGGACAUCCACUUCACUGUCAACCAGAUACGCAACCGCUGGAAGAGCCUAAAGCACAAGUACCGCAAGAUCAAGACGGCAGGAUACCGUAGCCCCGCUGCACGCCUGUCCGCCAUCGAGUCGUUCCGUUACUUCCGUAUGCUGGACCGCAUGCUGGCCAGGAGGGCCCGGGUGGGGGCCCCAGAUCAAGGCACUGCAGAUGGACACAAUAUGGUGGUGUUGACCCACUCGGACCUGGAGGAUCAUACUGAUGGUGAUGUUGCCCAGCCUGACUCUGUGGCCCCUUGGCAGGAGAGCCUGGCUCCAGCUCUAGAGGGAGAAGGAGACAAGACUAACGCCAUCCCAGAAGAGGCCAACAUCAGCACUUCUGGCUGGGCCCUGAAGUCAGAAGAGAUUAUGACUUUGGGUCUAUCUGGAGAGUAUCUUUACCCAGUAAAGAGUGAGCCACAUUCAGUACCCUCUUUACAUGAUGGGGAGGGAGCUAGUGACCCCACUAGCUGCAGUCCAGAAGAACAAACUGGCACUUGUGAGGACACCAGCACCCUGAUCCUCCAGCAGCUCACCAUCCUGAACCAUCAGCUAGGGGAACAGCUCGCUGAGCAAAGGGCCUUCCACUGCAGUAUGCUGGGUAUGAUGGACCGACAGAUAGAGGUCCUGGAGCAGCUCUCUAACUUCUCCACAGACCGCCAGGUCAAGACCGAACCCGACGACAGUGACACUCCUAUCAGCCAGCAGGUCCACAACUCCCUGGUGCGCAUCCUUAGAGGAGUGGAACAGGUCCAAACCCAGGGACACCAGCCGUGCUCAUGCAAGGCCUCCCCCUCACAGCCUACAUCUCCCUCCUGGACGGUCUCUCUGUUGGAGAUCCACAAAGGAUCACCCUCCAGGGAUGGAAACUCAACUAGUGACACAUCCAACCCUCAGCCCUCAGACCAUGGGCGGCCUGAACCUCAAGGACCAUCCCCCUCAGAGCAGCUUUCCCCUUCCCAACAGAAGGGUGAUCUGCUUAAUGGACUCUCAAACAAGUGCCAGCACAAGUGAGUGUUCUUGUAGCUUCAUAGUGGAAUGUACAGUAGUGGAACGUACAGUGCUCUGACAGAGGAGAGCAUACACUCUUAGAAAAAAAGGGUUCCAAAGGGGUUCUUCAGCUGUCCCCAUAGGAGAACCCUUUUAGAUUCAAGGUAGCACCCUUUUAGAUUCCAGGUAGCACCCUUUUAGGUUCCAGGUAGAACCCUUUUAGGUUCCAGGUAGAACUCUGUGAAAAGGGUUCUUCAAAGGGUUAUCCAAUGGGGACAGCCAAAGAACCCUUUUAGGUUGUAGAUAUAACCUUUUUUUUUGGAGAAGAAAAAUAUAUGGGUGCUUACAUUUAUGAAUGAGGGACUUGUCCUUUUGAGAAUGUCUUAGAAUAAAAAAACAUUUUAAUUUUUUUACAACUUCCCUCUUGUUUAAUUUUGUCAUGUCCAAAUGUUUUAAUGUGCAGAAGUAAAUCAUCUGAUGUUUUAAUCAAGAUAAUUUUGACAAACCGUAGCUCAGAGGUUUAUUUAAUCUAGUCAAGAAGAGAAAUUCCAACUUGCCAGUUAUCAUACACUGAGACAUGCUAGAAUCCCCAAAUGAUGUUGAAAUGUAUGUUUCCGUACUAGGAAAAAGCACACUUUCAUGAGGAUGUAAUGGUGUUUGAUUAACUCGUGCAAAUGUAUGUGGAAGCUGGGAAAGCAAAGGCUUCAUCCAAAUGUAUCCUCUUCCCUAAAUGUUCCCUUUCCUAAGCAUAUAGGAUAUUUUGUGUAACUACAUUUCUACUAUGAAAACUUGUUUAGAAAAGGGCCUUUGUCGAACUCAAUUUGCACAGCUGUUUGCAUAGUACUGGAUACACACGGCUGCUUUAAUUUAGGCCUGUUUUACUUUGCUUUAGCUUUGCUGAAGAUGAGAGGUACUGUAGUGUGUAAGUGCAAUAUGGUAAUGAAGUCUACAUUUGCAAUCUCACAAGAGACUCAUUCAUCCAACAUGUUUAUUUAGAUUUUGAGAUCGCUUCAUUUGUGUCCUGGAAUUGUAUUACCACAUAUUGGCAGUACUGCAAUUAGGCAUGUUUUGCUUGUAAUGUGUUACCUGGCUGCAAUUUAAGACGGACCAUGUAUUCAAACUCUCAAUUGACUUAAAAAUAGGGUAUCGUCAAGAUACUGUAGACUCGCACACAGAGAAUAUUGUUUUGUAUUUUUCUCAACUAUUUACAAAACUGGAAAUGCUGUAUUAAUACUGUAUGCUUAUAAUAUAACUUAAAGGUCCAAUGCAGCUGUUUUUAUCUCAAGAUUAAAUCAUUUCUGGGUAACAAUUUA